UUAGAAAUCUCAAAAAUUUUCAUUCCAUGGUUUUCUUGUCUCCUUUUCUAAUAUAUCUAUCCUCAGAUCAGUGAAUAAAAAUGCCUGGAGAAGAGAUAAAGAAACCUGAGACUGGGGAAGGCUCAAGUGUAUCAGUCCGAAGAGGAGCCGACAAUGUAUCUUUGAAAAGCCUGGAGUAUAUCCGAACCCAUCUACAGAAGAAGAUAAAAACAACUCUCACAAAGAGGAAUGAUCUAACCAAGCAAAUAUACCUUCUCCGGAACAAGAUGGAUGAGGAGAAGGAGAAAUUAGAGACUGGGAUGAACUGUCUCUCUCUCCAGAGCAAGACCAUCUCUGACAUAGAUCUAGAGCUUGUCUCCUUAAAAUCAAUGAAGAAUGAGGAAAUUGAGCUGGAGGAAAGUUUUGUUUUGUUCCUCCAAGGGUUGGAAACUAUUCAGAAGUUCCAUAAAUAUACUCUUGAAAAGAAGGAAGAUUAUGUUGAAGUUGAAGCUGAGAAUCUGGAGAAAUUGAACUCUAACUUGGAGACAAGAAAAAGCAGGAUCGCGGAGCUAAAGCCUGAUUUCUCAACUGUUAUACGAAAUGUAGCUGUACAUUGA